UUCCGGUUUCGCGGCGGCCGACCUGCGCGGUGUGAGCCGCACGAGCCGCCGUAGUCAGCUGCGGCGAGCAGGAAGUGUCCCGGGAGCGAGCGGCAGCUGCAGGAUGGCACCAGAUCCCUGGUUUGGCACAUAUGAUUCUACUUGCCAAACUGCACAAGAGAUUGCUGAAAAGAUUCAACAACGAAAUCAGUGUGAACGGAAUGGUGAAAAUACAACGAAGCUGACCGUGACAAUCAGAGCUUUGUUGCAGAAUCUGAAGGAAAAGAUCGCCCUUUUGAAGGACUUAUUGCUAAGAGCUGUGUCAACACAUCAGAUAACCCAGCUGGAAGGAGACCGAAGACAGAACCUCUUGGAUGACCUUGUAACUCGAGAGAGAUUACUUCUGGCAUCCUUUAAGAAUGAGGGUGCAGAACCAGAUCUCAGCAGUCCCUGGCUUGUUACCAGUUGUGUAAUUAAACAAGAUGCAGGCCUCAGUGCCUUAUCCUCUAUCAUAAGUCGUCAAAAACAAAUGGGGCAGGAAAUUGGGAAUGAGCUGGAUGAGCAGAAUGAGAUAAUUGAUGAUCUGGCCAACCUGGUGGAGAAUACAGAUGAGAAACUGCGGACUGAAACCAGGCAUGUGAAUCUGCUGGACAGGAAGUCACCAUCUUGUGGGAUGAUCAUGGUGAUUGUGUUGCUCCUCGUGGCUAUUGUGGUCGUUGCCGUCUGGCCCACCAAGUAGUGACAAGCAAGGGACACCCCCCAGCUGGGACACCUGCCGUGAAUGAGGAAAGUUCAGCCCCCCUUUGCCAUGGAUGCUGCUCUCAAUAAAUCGCCUCCUCCCAAA